AUGGAAGCUGCGGCGAAGACGGUUGAGGUGCUCUCCAAGCGCAUUCUACCAGAGAAACCGCACCAUCUAGCCUUUCAUCCCACCUGGCGAUAUCGCCCACCGCCCGAGGACGACGCGGCCGAAUCUCGUGGCGCUAAAAGGCGCUUCGAGGAAUGGCACAACACCCGUCUGCAAUAUCUGACAUUCUUAUCCGAGGCCGACCGUGGCACCUUGUUCACGCGACCCUACUACGACAUGCGAGAAGAGCCGGUCAAGCCCGUACCGCGCGAGGUCAGCACGCUCGCAAAGGGCACCGGUACUGGCGAGAAGAAGAAGUUGUCGUUGAGCGACUACAAGAACAAAAAGACUGGCCUCGUCGCCUCUGCUUCGCCCCCGGAGCCCGCCAUUACCAAAAAGAAGGAGAGCGAACGUGCCGCGGCUGCCACCAGCUCUGCAACAUCUACCCCCGCCCCUGCAGUUGCCGAUGGCACCAACAAACCACCGCGCCAAGAACCCAAGCGGCCGGAUGGCCCAAGGAUACGGGAGCCAGAGUCUACCGGCGCAAAGCCGAAACCGACUCGCGACCACAACAUUGCUGACACAAGGCUCCCCCCCAAACCCCCAUCGUUACCUCCACGCCCCCCCUCACCUGCAGGCAAGCGACGUAUGCCUGAUGCCGAUGACGAGCGCCCACAAAAACGGCCGAAACCUGAGGAUCGCCCGCAAUCCAAUCGCGACGAGGCGCCACGGCGGAAAGAAAAGCCUCUCCCAGCAUCGCGAGACAGGGAGAGAGAGCGAGAUAGGGACAGAGAUAGAGACAGAGGUAGGGAUCGAGAUGGGUCUGCUCCUGCCUCUAGAGACGAUCGGGGGCCCUCGUCCUCCUCGUUGUUGAAUGGAAGAUCUAUUCUGAAGAGCAGCAUCAACUCUGGACGGAGUACGUCGCCGGCUAGUCGACCUCGCGGCGAUUCCUUAAACGGGGCGCGUGGAAACAACGCCAACCGAACCUCACCAAUGAAGCCAGACACCUCAACAAAGGCACACGUACCGCCAUUGCUGUCGCCUUUGCAUCUAGGGUUCGAGGAUAGGCCCUCGCGUGGCGACAAUGACGACCCGAGCUCUAGAAAAGACAGAAAGAGGCAGGACGGCCCAAGUGAAGCGGCGGCAGCGACACCGAAGCAAAAGAAGACGGAUAUCAAGAAGCCUAGACCCGCAGUGACAAUACCUCCAUUAUUAUCACCCACUUUACCGCCAGCCAUAGAAGCAGAGUUGAAACGACGAAAAAAGGCUGCAUCGGACUCGUCAGAUGAGAGAUGCAGAGACGGCAGGGACGCCCUCGGGAUAAAAAGGGAUGGCGAUAACGAUCGCAAGCCGAAGAAUAAACUGGGCCACCGCAGGAGGCUGAUUGUCUCUCUCAAUGUGCCCAAGGCACUGCGAGCAAGCUUUGCUGAUAUUGUUGGUCGCGCACCAGCACGUCGCAAAGAUUCUCAAAGCCAGUCAGAACGUGAGAAUGAGCGGACUCGCGCCGGUAGCGAGGAAGCAGGGCAACAUGUUCCAGCAAGGAAGAGACCUAUUGGGGCCGUGACUGGUGCUUCUGAUGGAGUUGCCAUGAAGCGGCCUCGGUCGUCGGACGUAUCGACACAUCCGAAGCUCGCCACGCCAGCAACACCAUCCAAGAAGCCUGCUGCCAUGUCACGAGUGAGCUCGACCAACUCUGUAGCGCAAACGCCAACGGAAGCAGUCAACUCGACUCCCUCGGCGUCGGCGGCCGCGCCUGCAGACCGUCGUCCCAACGGCAGCGACGCUGCUCCCAAGGCAACAAGCGCAGAGGCCAAGGCUAUGAGCGACAAGGUGGAGCGGCUGAAGGAAGUGGGAAAAAAGUUAAAACACGAAGCAGACCAAACGCUGAAGAGGUUCCGCGGCGACACGGGGAGCAUGAGGGGCAAACCUGGAGAGGCCAAGGUCAAGUCUGGCUUUGUCCUGAGCCUCGAGAGCAUCAUUGUCUUCAUGAUGGCGUUUUACGGAGCAGACAUUUGGCGCGGCAUGGACCACAAGAUUGGAGAUCACCGCGCAUGGCUGAGCAUGCUUCCCAUGAUUGAGUUCCUCAAGAACGAAAUGCGCCGCUGCGACGUCAGCAACAGCCAACCGCUGUAUGCCAUGGUCCUCAUGCUGCACGCCAUGUCGCUGGACGAGUUGAUCAGGUGCUACAUCCGUUUUGACAGCCUCAAUGAUGCACUCGCCAAGGAGAUUGUCGGGAGGUUGCGCGAAAAGAAUAAGAUAUGGCCGCGCGUUCACGAAGUCUCCUCCACCAUCCAGAACCCGCGCCUUCGCAUCGACGUGCAUCCGUGGUCCACGCUCGACGACGUUGCCGAUGCGUCACUGCGCGUGCUGCGACUAUGGUGCGCCGAGGAGAAGAUCGACUGGGCUCCCACCCAGUCACUCAAGGAUCUUUGGACCGCGCCACCGGGUCCCGGCCGCCGAUGA